AUGGAGAUGGGGUACUGUUGGGGGAGGAUGUUAGCGAGUGUGGUGGUUUUGGCCGUGAUUGCAACAGUUCCGGCGCCGGCGAGCGGGGUGAUUGAAUGCCUGAAGUCGGUGGCGAAGAUGGACCAGUGCAUGCCGUUCUUGGUCGGCAACACCGAGAAGCCGAGCAACGAGUGCUGCUCCGCCGCGCAGGAGCUAGACAAGGUGGCCGCCGGUUCCUCCAAGGACCGGAAGGCAUUGUGCGAGUGCCUCUACCAAUCUUUCCAUCCCCUUCCCCUCAACUACGAGUACGCUAAGAAGCUUCCCAAUCUCUGUCAACUCUCCCCCUACUUCCCUCCCUUUACCCCUAACGAUCAAUGCAACAAGUAA